AUGCUGCCGCAAGCGCGGCACGACGCCAUCAGCGAGAGGGCCUUCCUGGUCAUGAACUCGCUGCAAGGAGAGACGGCAGAGGCUACGGAGGAGAUAGACCUGGGCCUGCUGGAGACAGACGACGCCUUCAGGCCGCUGUUCAAGGUCUUGGACGAAUACUACAAGUGCGACAAUCAGACUCAGUUGCCAGCCCGGACAGGUCAGAUUUUCGGCAGGUUCGCCCGCCAGGACAAGGAGUCGAUGAAGCUGUGCUGCGUGCGCCAUCAGCGCGACCUCAGGAAGCUGAAGGAGGUGGGCAUGGAGAUCCCAGAUAUGCUGGCGGGCUGGCGCCUCCUCACGAGAGCGGCGAUCCUACCGUCGGGCGCCGCCCAGGUUCGGAGUCAAUGCGUAGACGGUCUCAGCUGGCAAAAGGUGGGGAAAGCCCUGCUCGACGCGUGCGGGGCCGAAGGUCUGCCCGACAAGCGCGAUAUCAAGCGAGUUGAGAGGGUGCUGCUCGCACAGAACGCCAGGGGCGAAGACAAUUGCGCGAACGACUACGAGUGGGGGCGAGGCCUGAGCUACGAAGACACGUGCCUGGAGGAGGGGGAGUACGAGGACGAAGCCGAGCACGAGUACGAGGACGCAGACGAGGAGGCCGAGAUCGCAGAGGAGUUGCCGCAGGAUGUCGAGGGCGCUCAGCUCGCGUGCGACGAGGCCUACCUGAGUUUCGUGGAUGCAAAGAAGCGCGUGGCUGAGAUCGCGAAGUCCCGAAGCUUUUGCCCGAUCGUCGCCGUGGCGCCGGACAACAACUACCAGCGCGAGGCUGCGCCGAGUGCGGGAUCGACUGGGACAGGCUCGACACAGCAGCACGGCCCGAGGUUCAAGAGGUUUCGUCACGGCGGGUUCGCCAGGGCGGAGACCGAGUCAGGCAACAUGGUCGAGGACAUCGAGACGCUGGAGUACGCGAACUCGACCGAGGAGGUGUUCUUGCUGACCGUCGGCAAGGGCAUCAGUGACGGAGGCGCGACGCGGCCCGUCAUGGGUGACAAGGUCUGGGCGCAGUGGGAGGAGCUGCUGCGCGUGAAGCAGUUGCUGUGCGAGGUCAAGUAUGACAUGAGCGACCGACGGUUCAGGUUCGGAGACGGGAAGACGCUGGGGGCUAAGAAGGCAGUGACGUUGACGGUGUGGCCGUUCGGCGUCAAGAAGCAGGUCGCCAUCCACCUCGUCGAGGGGUGGGCGCCGCUGCCCAUCGCCAGGCCCUGCAUGGAGGAGUGGGGUCUCGUCCAGGGUUGGAUGAAGUCCGAGCGUGACGGGAAAGGCCACUUCAUCAUCGACCUGCUGGGCAGCGCCGGGAAGGAGGCGGACGACGCCAUGAACGAGGGCGCUGCCACGGACGGCGAGACGCCGACGCCUAACGCCUACUACCUCGAGAUCGUCACGGAGUUUUACGACAUCGGCAGCGACGGCGAGGCGCUGGCGACCGAGAGGUUCGCGGAGGCAGGGCUCGCCGACAUGGAUGCGGACACCUACUCGGGCCUGACCUUGGCCCUGGAGCAAGCGGAGACCGACAUGGAGGAUACGCUCAGAGGACCCCGCAAGCGCGUGGUCUGGGAGGUCUUUGUGGACAAAGGGGCUUUGUCGGAGGAGCUGCUGGAGUUCCCGCAGGUCAAGGUGGUCCAGUUCAGGCAAGCCGACGGCUGGGACUUUUCCAAGCCCAGCGUGAUUCGCUACUUCUUAAACAAGAUCGACGAGGAGAAGCCCGACGACAUCUUCUUCGCACCCCCGUGCAGGAUCUGGUGCUCUUGGCAGUAUGUCAACGAGAAGCUUUCGGAGGAGCGCGCGAAGGAGAUCAACCUCACAAGACAGCGAGAGGAGAGGGCGUUUCUCAAGAUGGUUCGGGGCUCGUUCGCGAAGCAGCAGAAUGGUGGGCGUCAUGCGACUGCAGAAGGCCCGUGGCAAGGGCUACACUGGCAAACCAAGACCUGGCAGACGCUACCUGGAUACCACUGCCGGCUCGACCAGUGCAGGCUGGGCGCGAAGUUCGAGAUCAAGGAAAAGCUCAUGCCGUACCAGAAGCCUACGCGACUCCAGUCCGCGAACAAGGAGUUCAUACACCACGUGAGCAUGCUGUGCCGCUGCGCCGAUGAGCACGUGGUCUUACGCGGGAAGCUUGCCCAGCAGGUUCAGAAUUACCCGAGACCGAUGGCGCGAAGGAUGGCCUACUUGAUCGCCAACCAGGGCAUGGCCGACGACGCUGAGGAUAUCAACGCCGCCGAGCAGGUCUACAAGGAUAUCGACGCCAUCGAGUACACCGACGUCAUGCAAGAGCUGAUGAAGCGUUUCAGCGUGUCGACGGUCAGGGCGGUCAAGCGCGCUCAUAUCAGCCUGGGCCACCCCUCCAACGCGGCGCUGGCAGCCGCCAUGAUGCACGCGAAGGCCCCGGCAAAGUGGAUUCAGUGCGCCAAGCUCUUCCAGUGUGAAGUUUGCCGGAGCAGGCAGCGACCUCGAGCAGUGCGCGUGGCUGUACUACCAAAAGCUAAAAGGUUCAACAAGGUCGUGAACACCGACGUCUACUACGUCACCUGGAAGAACAAGGAGCGGAAGAUCUUGGCCCCGAUGGGCGAGUUCACGCGCUACGAAGUGGACUACCCGAUCGCGAAGGGGACUUUCAAGAAGGAGGUGAAGCUGUUUCAGAAGUUGUGGAUCAGCUGGACCCGCAAGCCCGACGCCAUGAGGGUGGACAUGGCAGGCCCGCACACGUCGAGAAAUAUGCACCAGUGGAUGAGCAAGCAUAACAGCGCACUCGACCAGGUCCCGACGGGCGCGCACCACAAGCUUGGGCUCAUGGGGCGCAACCAUGCGGUCAGGGGGGAGCAGCUCAGCAAGUGCCGCCUGCAGUUUCCCGACGACUCGCUCAAGACCGCGCUCAGGAUGACCGCCAGCCAGCGGGACAUCUUACGCAACGUGCACGGUUGUCCGCCCGCGACGCUGGUGCUGGGCACGCAGCCCAAGGUACCUGGCGCUCUGUGCGACGAGGACUUCGGCCUGGCGGAGCAGGCCGCGCUGGUCGACCCCAAGAGCGAGGUGCACGAGAUGAUGGUCAGGCGCGCUGCGGCGGGGACGGCCUUCAUCGAGAACAACUGCUCUCGCGCCGUGCGAGCUGCGCUGUUGGCGCGCAGCAGGCCGACGCGCCGCGAGUGCCAGAUCGGCGAGUGGGUCUACUUCUGGCGACCGGAGAUGUCGACGGGGCUGGAGAAGUGCCAUUGGCAUGGCCCGGCGCUGGUGGUGGCGGUGGAGUCGAAGGUCAACGGGGACGACGUGAUGCACGCGUCGGUGGUGUGGGUCACGCACGGGUGCACGAUCUACCGCUGCACGGUGGAGCAGCUCCGUCCCGAGCUGACGAGCGAGACCCGAGAACGAGAAGGACGACGCGAGGAUCCCGACAGCCCGUUCAGCACCAUCGAGAAGCUAAGGAGGGCGCUCAGGCGGGCCAGGUGGGCCUGCAGCUUCAGUGACCUCGCCGAGGGGGGCCAGCGGCCCCAGUGCGACGACGCCCUGCACAACGCGGGCGCGCAGCAGCCCGGCGCCCAGGGACACCGCGAUGGAGAUCGAGCUGAGCAAGAACGAGAGGAGCCGAGUGGAGCGGCUGCCGCGGCAGCUCCCGAGGCCCCCCAGCCAGCCGAGGCCGGCGAGGAGGCGGCUCCAGGCCCUGCGCCUUCGUGGGCCAGCGCUGCGCGGGAGCGUGGCAACGCGACGAGGGAGCCGAGCAGAGUCCACAUCGAGGCGAUGGCCAAGAGGAGCAUCGAGGAGGCUGAGAAGCUGGACGGCAUCCCGUUGUCAAAACGCGCCCGCAUGUCGUGGGCCAGGCUCGCGCCCCAGCAGGGGGAGUCGUGUCUCAUCGAGGAGGUGGGCGACGAGAUGAUGCUGUUGGAGGAAUCCACCGAAACGAUCUACAUGCUGGCUUUCAAGAGGAAGGUUCCCGCCAUCGUGGAGGGGGAGCUCACAUCCGAGGAGCGGGAGCAGUUCUACGCGGCGAAGCUGGAGGCCCUCGAGGUGUUCAACAAGAACGACGGCUGGGGGCCCAUCGACGAGGCGGAGGUGGGCCCAGCGGCGUGCUGUCCGCUACGCUUCCUGCUGAAGUGGAAGGUGAAUGGCGGGCAGCGAGUGGCCAACGCGCGAGUGCUCUACCAGGGCUUCAAGCAUCGCUACGACGCCGAGGGCCAGCUCGACAAGGAGGAAGUGGAGGCUGUUCGCUGCGGAUGUGAAGUCCGCGUCAGCGCUCGCGGCAUCAAGCUGCACGCGAGCCCGGCGAAGGAGAUGAGGGAGAUGCUUGUGCACCAGAUCGGCUUGCAGCCAGGGCAGUUGCUCAAGAUGGUCAAGCCGUGCUUUGGCGGCCCGCGGUCGCCCAAGCUCUGGCACUACCGCUCCGACGAAGUCACGAAGGAGAUCGGGUUCAAGAACCACUGGCUCGAGGAUUGCUUGCUGCUGUCCUUGCGGGCCGCGCGACCCUCGGACGACCCGUUCGACGUGCGCAGCUUCGACGGCCAGACGUUCGUGGUGGACGGGUUGAUCGGCAUGCACGUGGGCGACUUCAUCGGCUGCGGCGAGAACGUGAGUUGCGAGGAUGACCUGUGCGCCAAGCUGGGCGAUGCCGGGUGCUUCCAGGCGCGGCUGGGCACGCUCAAUGAGAAACUCAAGUUUGGCAAGUGGGAGUUCGGGCCGAGCCUAGUCUUCACCGGCGGCGAGGUGGAGCAGUCCCUGAGCACCUACGCGGUCAGCGUCAAGUUCGAGAAGUACCUGCGCGCGGUGAAGCCCAUCACCGUGGAGAAGCACCGGCGGGCGGAUCCCACCAGCGCGCUGUCGCCGAAGGAGCGCGCCAGUUUCAGGACCCUGAACGGCCAGCUGAACUGGCCGGCAGCCCAGGGAGUUAUCAUCGCGGCGGCGACCGUAUCGUUCAGAGCCGCGGCGACUGGACACGCGACGGUGCAGGACUUGCUUGGCGCGAACAAGGAUCUACGGUUCCCGAAGGCCAACGCGGACGAGCUCAACGCCGGCACCCCGACGCCGUUCGUGGCCAUGGAGUGGGCCUCGAAGAAGCUGGUGCGGCUGUGCAGGAGCUCAUUGUCCUCCGAGGCGCAGGCCGCGGCGAUGGGAGCUGACUCGCUGAUGUGGGUGAAUGUCUUUUUGGCCCUGAGUCUGAGGCCCGACCUCGGACGCGACGCCGCCAUGACAUACCUCGGAGAGUCGCCGUUCAUUACAGACGCGAAGUGCCUCUAG